AUGGCGGUCAGGAAACAGGCCUCUAAGCUUGCUGCGCAUAAGUUAAAUAAUUCUACUCAAAAUUUUCCCAGUAAGCCAGUUCGAUCAAAAAUUCAAAAACCUAACGAUACAAGGCGGGCUAAGGAGGAAGAGGAUGGUAUGGAUGUGAAAGGAAUGUUCGAUAUGAUAAUGAAAAAGCUUGGGAAGCUUGACAUAAUCAUCAGCCGCAUGGGAGCAAUGGAGAAGGACAUAAAAGAAGUUAAGAGCUCGGUCGAGUUCGUUCUCUCAGAGGUUCAAGACCUUAAAGAAGAAAAUAAAAUCUCCAAGAAGACAGAGGAAGAAACAAAAAAAAGACUGGAGAAACUGGAACAGAUGAAGCCUGUGUUAAACAAUGCGUCAUUGACCUUUAGACAAGGUCAAUGCGCGAUAAUCUUAUAA